AUGGAAGCACAGCAAACAGCGACAAAAUUUGAUUUGCAGUCCAAAGAAAAUAUGGAAAUUGCUAGACUCGAGAAACUUUUAGCCGAUACUAUUGAAAUUAAAGAAACGUUAGAGAGUGAUGUGUUAUCUCUGAAGGCAAACAUUGCUCUUGUUGAGCAAAAAUGUGAGCAACUCGAGAAGCACGUGUUUUCACUUGACAACGUCAAAACAGAUGACUCUUUGUUGACAUUUUAUACUGGGUUUCCAAAUGUCCAAACAAUGAUGGCUCUGUAUGAAUAUUUGGAUCCUGGUGUAAAUGACAUGAAUAUAAAGUACUGGCUAUCUGGCCAAGAUAAUUCACAAAAGGCUGCUGCUGGUAAUUCAGUCAAGCAAGGAAGGCCUAGGACUUUAACACCAUCUGAUGAAUUUUUUCUGGUAAUGUGCAGACUGAGGCAAGAAUUUGCUGAAAUGCAUCUUGCACACUUGUUUAAAAUUUCUCAGUCGACUGUAAGUAGAAUAUUUAUUUCAUGGAUUAAUUUCAUGUAUUUAAAACUUGGCCAGAUAAAUAUCUGGCCAUCCAGGAAAGUGGUGGAUGAAUCAAUGCCUGAAGCUUUCAAAGAAAAGUAUCCCAGCAGAAGGGUAAUAUUUGAUUGCACAGAGGUUCGCUGUCAGAUGCCUAGCAGCCUUCUGUUAAACAGUGAAUUAUUUAGCUCCUAUAAAAACCAUACCACCCUAAAAGCACUUGUGGGAAUUUCUCCCAAAGGGUCCAUGACAUUUAUAGGACAGUUAUACACUGGCAGUAUAUCAGAUAAAGAAAUGGUUGAACGCAGUGGUUUUCUGAAACUACCCUUUGAACAAGGAGACUCAGUAAUGGCCGACAAGGGUUUUACAAUUGAAGAUGUUCUUCCCCUGGGAGUGUCCCUUAACAUCCCUCCCUUCCUUGGAAUGUCUGACCAGAUGCCAGCUGAAGAUGUCAUAAAAACACAAGAAAUCGCAAGCUUGUGCAUCCAUGUGGAAAGGGCCAUAAAUAAAAUUAAGAACUUUUUAAUAUUUGAGGGUGUUAUCCCAAUAAGUCAGUCCUGUAUAGUAAAUCAAAUGAGGUGUAUGUGCGCGAUGCUUUGUAAUUUUCAAGAUCCCAUCAUAAGUGCAUAA